UUGGCCUACGUGGCAGCCGCUGGAGCCGCGGACGCGGAGCGAGGCCGGCCGCUGGGUACUUCCUGUGGAGGCCGCAGCGGGCGCUGGCGCCGACGGGCCGAGCGCCGAGGGAGCGAGCGAGCCAGCCAGCCAGCCAGCCGAGCCUCCCGCCGCCGCCAUGGGCCAGAACGACCUGAUGGGCACGGCCGAGGACUUCGCCGACCAGUUCCUGCGCGUCACAAAGCAGUACCUGCCGCACGUGGCCCGCCUCUGCCUGAUCAGCACGUUCCUGGAGGACGGCAUCCGCAUGUGGUUCCAGUGGAGUGAGCAGCGCGACUACAUCGACAGCACCUGGAGCUGCGGCUACCUGCUGGCCUCCUCCUUUGUCUUCCUCAACCUGCUCGGACAGCUGACUGGCUGCAUCCUGGUGCUGAGCAGGAACUUCGUGCAGUACGCCUGCUUCGGGCUCUUUGGCAUCAUCGCACUGCAGACGAUCGCCUACAGCAUUUUAUGGGACUUGAAGUUUCUUAUGAGGAACCUGGCCCUGGGAGGAGGCUUGCUGCUGCUGCUGGCUGAGUCCCGAUCCGAAGGCAAGAGCAUGUUCGCGGGCGUCCCCACCAUGCGCGAGAGCUCCCCCAAGCAGUACAUGCAGCUCGGAGGCCGAGUCCUGCUGGUCCUGAUGUUCAUGACGCUGCUCCACUUUGACGCCAGUUUCUUCUCGAUCCUUCAGAACAUUGUGGGCACGGCGCUGAUGAUUUUGGUGGCCGUCGGCUUCAAAACCAAGCUGGCCGCCUUGACUCUUGUCGUCUGGCUGUUUGCCAUCAACGUGUACUUCAACGCCUUCUGGACCAUUCCUGUCUAUAAGCCCAUGCACGACUUCCUCAAGUACGACUUCUUCCAGACCAUGUCGGUGAUCGGAGGCUUGCUCCUGGUGGUGGCCCUGGGCCCAGGGGGUGUGUCCAUGGACGAGAAGAAGAAAGAAUGGUAACGGAGUCCUCCCUGCCUGGCUGGGACCCACGGCCGUCGAGGACUGGUUCAGGGUGGAUUUGAGUAACUGCCAGCAUCUCCUGUACCCUCUUCCCUUCCCUCCCCUGGUAAAGGCACAGAUGUUUUGAGAACUUUAUUUGCAGACACCUGAUCAUUAAUGGCUAAACCUGCUAUGGACCCACAGCCUGGCAUCUGACUGUGCGGAGCCGGCCGGCCGAGGCCAGCGCCCCCUGCCCCGGGGCAGGGCCGUGGCUUGUUGGAGUGAGGAUCUUGCUUGGCUGUGGCCCAUCGGCCCAACUUUUUUUCUUUUUUGGGGUGGGGGACCUUGAAGCUGUACUGUGAGCAGAUACAUUUGUGUAUCAUUCAAAGCAGUCUCCCUCUUUUUUUUUUUUUUUGAAGUUUACCUUUUUAGCUAAAACUACUCAAUGAUUCGGGGUGGCCCAGCCCAACAUCAACACACUGGUUUAGGCCGGCACCAGUGCCUUCCCCGUGGGCUCCGCCCUGCGCUGUGAUCCUGUUAUAGGGCCAGUGAGAGCGUUUAGAGAAACCCCAGACCCCAAGAAUACGGCAGUAUUAGAGCAGGGGCUGAAGCUGCGGUUUACGGCCAGGGCAUUCCUCAGAGAAGCAGCCGGGGUCGGUGCAGUUUCCACAGGGUGAUGCCUGGGAGUGCGAGGGGCUCAUGGCGGGGACAAGGCCCUCAAAGGCCACCCGGAGCCCGCAGGGGCCGGAGCCCAGGCCUGGCAGCACGUGUGGGCCUCAUCAGUGCCCAGAUGGGGAGCAGCCGCCACUGUGGGCAGGGCUGGGCCGGAGCGGGCGCUCAGACCAGUUACCUCAGGCCGACCUGUCCCAGAGCUGCGGCCGGCGCCCCACUGCCCGGUGCCCCCGGCCCGCUUGCUCCCUGCCCUCACGAGGCCGCUGCUUGCUCAGAUUGUCUAUUUGCUAUGCUGAAUGCAGCCCCAGUUACUUUUUACGAUUUGUGAUGCCUUACCGAUUGGAUCUUGAUCCUGUAUUUAAAGUUUUCUAACAUUGCCUUAUACUGUGUUUCUCUUCUUGGGGGUGGGGCUGUGAGGUCUUCUCACUGUUCUUCGCUCCUCCACCUGGUAGCAGAGGCCACGAGGUGACGGCAGCCCCCGUAUCCUCCUGGGGGCCAGGCCUUCCAAGGUCUCACAAGCCUUGCCUUGGAGCGGGCCCCAUCUUCUCUGGAUUCAUCUGCUGGGGGUGCGAGCCUGAUCCAAGGGCCUUCCCCGGGGCCAGUCCUGAACCCGGAUCCACACGGACCUUUGUGUCGAGCCAGGGUGAGGGGAGCAACCCCCCCACCCCGACCCACUUGAGCCCCUGGCCAGCUUCACAGGACAGGGGGAGGCUGGCUCUUACCCACUAGAGCUGCUAGAACCUUCCCUACAGUCUGGACCCAGCUAACCCAAGGGGAGCCAUCGCCACCUUUCCAGCACCACCCGUGUUCCCCCCCCCCCCACCCCGAGCCCCCCACUUCAGAGGCUCCUUAUACACCACCCCCAGGAGCCCACUUCCCUACUCCCCGCAUAUUUAUAAGGAUGGAGGACUUUCUACUUCCGUCCCUGGGGUGCUCCCACAUGAAGGGGGUUCUGACUCUGUCUCAGUCUGGGCAGGGUGCUCUUUCAGCACAUGCCCACCCAGUUAACCCAGCCUCCCGGCCCCAGGGACAGCCCGCUUGGCUAGGCCACAGCUGCCUGUGGCAUUGUUUCUGGCGGGGUACAGUUUUUAGUUUGCAAAAACUGAGACUGCCUCUAUGGUGGUCCCCAGCCCACUUCCCCUGUCCCUGAGUGGGCUAGUGCUCAGGGCAGGGGUGGAUGCUUAUGUAAGAAGAGGAAAAAGGACCUACUAAGUUGGUUUUAGCAAAAAGAAUUUCUGAAACACACUUUUUUUUGCUCUCUGUGGGAAAUAGGUAUAAAUCUCAUGCUGUAUUUUAUAUCUUAGUUGUGUUUGAAAACAUUUUGAUUUUUGGAGACACGUCCAAAUAAAUAAUGGCAUUUGUUGUA